AUGCUACUUCACCGGGGUCGGGGACCCGGAAAAACUAAAGAUCAAGGUUGGGGGGCUAAAAAACGGGCGGCGGUUUCAGCAAGUCCCGCCGACUGCCCAAAUUUUGGGGGAACCCUCCCGGGCCCCUACGAUUUCCCUCCCCAACCCCCAGAGGGCCAUCUCGCCCCAGCCCGGGCCCUCCUCCGAAGAACCCCGUCUGAAAUUUGCAGCCGCCCCCCCCGAAAAACGCACCAUUCCCCCCCCCAAGCCUUGGAGGAUCUGCGUUUUGCGGGGAGUUUUUGGAAAAUACCGGGCGGGUGUCAUGGCGUUUUUGAAAGACGACGAGGAGAAAAAGGGCAAGAAGGUGAAGCUCAAAAAGUGAAAAAAAGCAAAAAGAAGGGAAAAACAAAAAAGCCCGAUAAGUUACAAGUGGGUUUAAAAGGGGAAAGUGGAAAAAUGCUACAAAAAUUAAAAUAA